AUGGAAGGUCUGAAGAGAAAAGUUUUUGGUAUCUGCCUAAAAAAUGAGUUAGCAUCAACUACGCAUGAGACGAAAGGUAUACAAUAUAGUUUGGUGACUUUAGAAACUUCUAAACAGCUGGAAGAGCUUCUUCAUCUGCUACUCAUAAAAAGAGAAAUAAUCCAAAACUUUGAGUUGUUAUUUCACAUCGUAAAUCUUGCUACGAAAAUCACAAAUGCGAAUCUCCCAGAUGAUAACAUUUGGCAUUCAAUUUUGAAAUUGAGAUUUUCUUCCGAAAUUAGGGUGGACGAAGACUGUAAAGUCUUGAAAUUUUUAAUUGAGACUGGAAUCGCAAUCGAAAAUCCCAUCAGUUGGAAAUGCUUGGCUGUUGUUAGCAAUAUCCUUGACAGUGUUCCUCGGUCCAAAAUGGUAAUAACUAGGUUAAUCGAAACAGAAUAUGCAGAAAAGAUUGGUAAGUUGUUUGAUAAUAUACAGGAUUUGCAACAAGGUAAUUUUCUGGUGGAAAUUCUCUCUAACUGUUUUGUAAGAAGUGCUCCAAACUCCAAGAAAGUAGAAAGAAUACCUCAGUUAUGGCCAAGCAGGUCUAAAAACAAACAUUUCUUUGAGAAUGAAUUUUACCCUUUCAGAGGUAAAAAUGGUAACUCACAAACCUGUCAGUUUCUCUGCAAUAAUUUUAUAUCAACCUUAACUUCUAUUGGAGCUCUAAGGCAGAUUUCCUAUAGUGGAUCCGAAGCAUUGAAAAACCUUCGUAUAUUCAAAAAAAGGGAAGAGGCUGGUAAAAGUUCUUACUACAUUCAAUGUAUUUACGACAAAAUCUACCUUUGGUUGGACGAAAACGCUCUUGUGGAAUUUGAAAGAAGAAAAAUCAAGAUCAUUAAAAACUUAAAAAACAAAAUUCAGAUUAAGCUGAGGUAUCCUUUCCAUGAAUGUGUCAGAACGACUGCUGAUAAUAUAACAGUAUCAUUUAACAAAGUGAGGGGGUUUCAACUCGAGUUUGAAGAUGAUAAUUUAGGCGAAGCUUUUUUUCACAAUGUUAACAAUGUACCCAAAAUAAGUGAAGUUCAAAACUUUCUGGCGUUAGAUUAUAUUGAAGAGGAACCAGAAGAUGAAGAGGAAGAAGAGGGAAAAAAUGAAAGAGCUGAUGAGCAGAAAGAAAACGAGGAAGAAGAAUCACUCGAUGAACUAUCCACUUCCAUAUCGUGUCCAAUAAAAUCUUCUGCUCCAUAUAACCGUAAUGAAAAGAUUCAGUUAGCUACUCCUGAUCGUUCAGUUUCUAUAAGAUCUGAUGAAUGGGAUUUAAAAUCAAAUACGGAAGACGAAGGAGGCGAUGUUGCGCUUGCAGAACUCGAAAUAAGCAGCACUAAGGCAACAAAGAGACAAAUGGACUACGUUAAAAUUGAUUCAGAAGACCAGUCACCUAUAGUAUCUGCUCAGAUGAGGAAAAUUAGAAGAGAGUCCACGAAGACAUUAGAAAUUUUGAAGCAAGAAUUCAAGGAAAAGGAAGCACAAAACAAAGAAAAUCCGUCCGAACCAAUACAACCGCCUUUUUUGAAUAAUUCUUCGUUAGUUGUGGGUAAAUCAAGUGUAAUUAAUCGUAAAGAAAUGCCUAAUAUUGAUCAAAAGGUAACUGGAGUGACAGAGUUAAAGUCAAAUACCUCCAUUAAGAAAAGGGAUAUUAACAUUCUUGACACUAUAUUUGGGCAACCUCCGUCCAAGAAACAAAAAAAAUCUCACAGAAAGGACAAGAAACAGCAAAAAACAUUAACAAAUUUCAAGCCCGUCAUUGAAGUCCCUUCACAAGAUAAACGAAUUCUUAGGUCAAAUGUUCCAACUAAACCAAAAUCCAUAAGAAUAAGUAAGCUGCGUGCCCAUAAAGAAGUUGCCAAAAAAAAUUUAAGUGCAACUGAAACAGCGACUAACAAAUCUAGUGAUCUGACCGUGCCUACCAACAACGAUGAAGCAGUAAGUGGCAUAAUCAAAGAAAAUAUUGAGAUUACCGAUGAAUGCCAUGAUAAACUUCAAGAAAAGUGCCCUCCAAACGUUAAUGAAAGAAAAGAAAUUACGAGAGAUAACGCUAGAUUAUCUGUUGAUGACAAAAGUAACGAAACCUUUAUCGAUUCGAGCUUAGCAGAAAAUCAUACCCUACCAAAUAAAGAUUUAAACAAUUGUAACAUUACCAAUAUCCUGGAAUCUACCACUGUAGUUGACUUGUUUUCUCCUCAUGGAUCAUCUGCUCCUGAUCAGAAUUCGUUCACAAAUAAACUGCAAGAACAAAUUUAUAAUUCUAUCAAUCAUUUUUCAAACGAAUUGGUAAGAAAAAUUUCGAUAAUAAACCAAGAGUUAAAUACCAAAAUCCUUAAAGAGUUGUCCGAAAAAUACCAAAAGCUAUUCUCUGAAUUACAAGAUAGUUUCCAGAACGAUACCAAUGAGAUGCUCAAAUUCAUGGGAGAAAUCAAAGACAUGAUCAACCUCCCUGAAGAUCAGCUGGUCCAUGCUAUCCGGACGAGGAAAUUUAGUAAUAGCAAGGGAUAA